AAGGUAAAAUUGUACCAAAAGAAAAAGUCUACAGUGUCACCCCAAUUUUUUAUGUUUUUAUUAAUUACGACAGCAAUGUUUUAAAAAUUGGCUAUAAGGUGGUCACGCGAUGGAUGACACUGAAAGCACAACUACAUCUGCAGAUGAGAACACUGGAAAUUUAUGCGAUAAUCCUACCAGGGACACUUUGGCUGAAGGUUUGUUAGGGCUCCUGAAGCCGACGGUAGAUCAACUGGACGACAGAGUCAAAGCUACAAGAAUAGCACAACUAGAAUUGAAGCAACAAAUAGAUUCGCUCAACGAAGAACUCGUAAAAGUACGAGAGGCACUCAAUAACCAUCCCGACUUGGAUCCUUAUGUGAAAAAACUCAUUGCAGCAAAACAUAAAGUGACAGUAGUCCUGAAUGUUCUGCAAGCUUCUCAGGAUAGAAUAAAUGAAAUAAGGCGAAUGAUUGUAAAAGAAAAGAGUGUACGUACAACUGUUGUACAAACUACACUACAACCAUCACCUCAGGAACCAGAGCAGAGUACGAGCAGUAUUGCCCCAGAGCAAGGCUCUAUAAAUUAACUAUGGAAACUCCACAUCAGAACCACA